UUAUUCUUAUUAAAAUUUAACAAAAUACGAAAUUAUCUAUUUUUGUCCUCAUAAAAGGUUAAUUUCAAAAAUAUUUAUGCAGUCGAACGAGGAGGAGUGUCUGCUACAUUCAUGCUUCAGCUCGUUAAAGACAGCAGUCAUGGGUUGCUGCUAUAGUUUUUGCAACAAAGAAAACGAUCCUCAGGAGCACAUAGUAAACGAAAGAACGCAUCUUCUCGAAGUGGCGGAGCAACAGCAAGAAACUCCGGUACCGACGUCGUCGACGUCCACGCCGCCCCGCAAACCCGACGAGCAGAGUGCUCUCAACAGGAUAUUACAUGAGACCGCCACGAACGUGAUCGAUGUGGGCGCCUUAGGCCCGUACGCACUGGAACCGGGUGCGUACAGCGAGCGGGUCCGCGCGUACACGGCGCGAGUGGCGGCCGCGCCCCUGGGCGGGCCCGGGCCGGGGGCGGGCCCGGGGCAGGGGCCGGGCCCGGGGCCGGGCCCGCUGGUGCGUGCGCUUUCACCGGGGCAUCGCCUGCUGGCCGAUGUACCGCCGCCGGAGCGCAGCGGGCUGCUUGCGCGUCCGCCUCUCACGCACGAUGAUAAGGAGCUGAUAACAAAUGCCGUGAAGAAAGCAGCCGCAGCACUGUCGGAGCUGCGCGUGGAGCAUCAUGAGGAUCUGGUGGUGCCGUUUAGGGUGCCAUAGCAGCGGUCCUCAGCCUCAUACUCCGAGGACGAGCGAGCCGGGUACUGAUAGAUUGUUAAAUAGGGCUCCUGAUUGUAAAUUUAUAUUGUAAUCGACGGCAUGUUACAAUGAAUACCGCUUUACUGAAA